GUUCCGGUACAACAUGAAUAUGGCGGCCUCUGGAGCCGGAUCUCCUGGUCGUCUGGUCCAGUACGUUGUGGUCCGUUCAGAUCUGGUUCACAAGCUGUCCUGGCCCCUUGGAGCCGUCAUUACGCAGGCCUGUCACGCCGCCACCGCCGCCGUCCACCUCCACUACGGAGACCCGGACACGCAGCGGUACCUGGCAGAGCUGGACUCCAUGCACAAGGUGGUGCUGGGGGCUCCAGAUGAAGCUGCGCUGUCUGGUCUGUCUGAGACUCUCACACAGGCUGGCGUGUCCCACAAGCUGUGGAUUGAACAACCGGAGAACAUCCCAACAUGUUUAGCUCUGAAGCCUUAUCCCAAAGAGACUGUCCAACCUCUGAUGCGCAAAUUCAAACUCUUUAAAUAACAACAUGAACAUCAACAUCCAACUUUUUUUUUUUACCAGAUGAACUUUGAGAACUACAUUUGUUUGUUCAUGCAGCAAAACUUCUGUAACCUGGAUUAAAAUCUGCUAAAUGUG